AUGCACAUCACACGCAUCGUGGACACAAUUGUCUCGUUACUGAUUCUGGGUCACCUUUGGCUGAUGUACCGUGGAACAGACGGGGUUACAUUCUUUUCGGCUAGCGAGUCUGACGUAACAAGGACAGAUCUUGCAACCCUCGGAUUUGUGCGUCGAGCGGCCAAAGAUGAAGACCUGGCAUUCGGUAUGGCCACGUCUUUGGUUCGUCUAAGUCAGAGCGUCGACUCGAUUGCUCAUUGGACCUCUGACCGGGGCACACUCCUCGUCGUGGUGAUCGAAGACUACAUCGGGCAUGAGGACGAAGUCGCCGACCUGCUUGCACAGUUUCACAGCCUCAAGAUCAACGCCAUCUUCAUACCGCCCAUCGCCAGCAACCAUUCCAUGUCUCAAUCACAUUUUGCAGUUCUCAGCAAGAUGCUCGCCGAAAGCGGGCCAGAGACAAAGUGGUUCGCUCUGCUUGACGACGACACGUUCUUUCCGCACCUGGAGCCUUUAUCCACGGCACUCAGCUCUCUUGAUCACGAAAACAAAGACCUUUAUGUUGGCGGGCUGACGGAGGACUGGGGCUCUCUCACGCGAUUCGGUCUCAUGGCUUAUGGCGGUGCUGGCGUAUAUCUCUCUGCAUAUCUGGCUAGGAAGAUCGGGAACCUGGACUAG